UUAUGUGGUAGGAAUUCUUUAUUGCUAAGUUACUUGAAUGUGCUAAUUUGUUGAUGAAUGGUCCCGAGUUGGCUGAAUUUGAAGAGCUCUGUUUCUUCAAACAUGAUGGAUGCAUUAAAUAUCCUAUUUUUUUCACAAGAACAUUGAUGCUAAUGUGAUGAAAUCUUUGUUUAGCUAGUGUAAAUGAUUGCACGUAGGGAUAUAUUACCUUGAAGCUGAUUUUAUUGUGAUUGAGCAAUAUGGUUGGAUGUACUUAGUUGCACUCAUGAUGAAUAUUCCUACUGCCACUACACAUUUUUGCCAAGAAAGAUCCAUAUGAACUAUGAUUUAGCAUGACAAAAUCAAAAUCAAGUCGUUAGUUGCUUCUGGUUUAGUCAGUCAAACAGCUAGAUUUCAUAUGCAAAAUAGUCAAGUCAGAAUGAGCUUUGCAGAUGCAAAACUUGACAAGUGGUUGAAGAAGAGUGAAUAACCAUUCUCACAAAUUGUUUUGGUUUCCAUUUGAGAGUCGUGUGAUAGACUAUAACCAAUGAGAUUAUUCUGGUAGAAUUGACUAUCAGUGAACAACAAAAGAAGGGUUUCAAUCUCAACCUUGGAAAAUGACCAUUUGUUAUUUUGUAUCGUCUAGUUUUGUCGUAUUGGACUAAUCAAGGUCGGUGAAAAAGAUCAAUCCCUAAGACAACAACUGAGCUCUUCAUAUUUCUCAACAACAAAUGCCUUCACAAGAUAGCAGACAUGGUAGCAAUUGCACGGAUUAUGAAUGCCACUCUUAUUAUUCCAGAACUGGACAAGAGCUCAUUUUGGCUGGACUCAAGCAAUUUUGCUGAUGUCUUUGAUGAAGAGUAUUUCAUACAUUCAUUAGCCAAUGAUGUUAAAAUCGUGAAGAAACUACCAGAGGAGCUUUCUAGGGUUACCAAAGCGGUGAAAUAUUUUAUAAGCUGGUCUCUGCUGGAGUAUUAUCAGGAUAAAAUCUCUAAACUAUGGGAUGAUUUUAAGGUCAUCAAAGCUGCUAAAUCAGAUUCUCGUCUUGCUAAUAACAAUUUACCCCUAGAUGUCCAGAAGCUACGUUGCAGAGCUUUCUUUGAGGCUCUUCGAUUUUCUCCUUGCAUCCAAGCACUAGGAAAGUCAUUGGUAGAGAGAAUGAGAUCAUAUGGAUCGUUUAUUGCUUUGCAUUUGCGAUACGAAAAGGACAUGCUUGCUUUUAGUGGGUGCACAUAUGGCUUGAAUGUUUCUGAAGCAAAUGAAUUAACAUCGAUCAGGGAAAAAACAGCAUACUGGAAGGUGAAAGCUAUUGAUCUUCUUCAACAAAGGGUCAAGGGAUAUUGCCCCCUUACACCUAAGGAGGUUGGGAUUUUCAUUUCUUCUGUAGGAUAUCCAUCGAAUACUCCAAUAUAUGUUGCUUCUGGUAACAUAUAUGGCGGCAAUUCUCACAUGGCAGAUCUUGAAUCUCGUUUUCCCAUACUAAUGAGCAAGGAAAAAUUAGCAUCAGCUGCUGAGCUCAAACCAUUCAGACUUUAUGCAGCUCAAAUGGCAGCCUUGGAUUACAUCGUAUCUGUAGAGAGUGAUGUUUUCAUCCCCUCGUACUCAGGAAACAUGGCAAGUGCUGUUGGGGGUCACCGUCGUUACUUGGGCCACAGAAAGACAAUCACACCCAAUAGGAAGGCGCUUGUCCACUUGUUUCGUAAACUUGAUCAGGGAUUGCUUAAACAAGGAAAGAAGCUAUCGAAGAUUAUUCUUGAAAUCCAUAAGAAGCGGCAAGGGUCCCCUCGUAAAAGAAGAGGCCCCAUGCCAGGAACAAGAGGAAUGGAUAGAUUUCGUUCAGAAGAAGCGUUCUACAAGAAUCCUUUACCCGAUUGUUUAUGCCAGUCAGGAUCUACUACCAUGUAGUCCUUCAUUCAUUUUUUUUUGAUCGACAGUUGUACACGAUAGAGAUUAGUCUUGACUGCUGCCAUACUGAUCGAAUAAGCAACUCCCUAGAUGUAUCUCAUGGAUAACUGAAGGUGGUGGAGAGUCAUUGACAGUUCGAUACAACCUGAAAUGAAGUUAAAUCUUAUAUUUUUGAUAUCUUUAGUUUUUCA